AUGUCUCAGUUCGCGGGAAAUCAUGUCGGUGGAGACGAUCUGUUUGAUAGCGUUCCGGACGAGCUGCAAAGAGACGACUAUCGCCAAUUUGAACGUGGAUUUGCGGAUGAUUACGGUGGGACUCACGCCGCCUGGCUUGGCUUCAGUGGUUCCGAAGAGACUCUCGGAGAUUUGACGGAGGAGGACGUGCGCAAUCUUGAUGGAUUGCUUCCGUCGUGCAGCAAUGGGGGUAUGAUAGUUCCCGGGGAGCCAAGUACUCGCCGUGGGAAGGUGCUCGAAGAUGUUGUCGGUUCGAGUUCGAGAAAUCUUCAUCGGUCUAUAGUUUCGGGUUUAAGGGCUUCUAGUGCGAUCCCCGAAGAUGGGAGAGUUGAGCCCACGUUGGAUGAUGGGAUGGCCAAUGUUCUCGAUCGUCGAGACAAGGGAAAAUCUCUUAGCACAGAAAAAUCCGUGUUUGACAUGUUUGAGGCGUGCGGGAUAGAACCGGGAAUUGAGAUUCUGAUCCCGAAAUCGCGUCGUCGCCCAUGGGAUGCUCCGGAGGGGUAUAUUUGUCUUUACGAAGAUUUCUUUUCGGAUUGCGGUCUUUGGUUUCCACUCCCGCAGUUUCUCGCUAGUUACUGUGCUCGUCGGGAGAUAGCAUUUUCUCAACUCACCGUGGCUUCUAUUCGGAACGCGGUGGGUCUCGCAAUCCUUGCCGCCGCGGCAGGUGUUGUCGUGGACUUAGAUCUUUUUGAAGAGUUUACCAAGUACCUGUUUGGAAAGGAGAAUCCGGGCAUGUGCUGCGCUAGUUCGAGGCCGGGUUUCAGAAUUGUCGAUGGUGCUGCAAGCAAAGUUCGCAGGUGGCGCAAGUAUUACUUUUUUGUGAAAGUAACCGAGCUUUCCGUCGAAGAUCUCAGCUUGCCAUAUGCUAGAACGUGGAACCUAGAUCGCGGAAAGUUUGGGCCGACGGCAGAGGACACCGAAGACUUUCGAGCGAGAGUUGCAGCGGUGAAGGCGAGAAGGACCUUGUGGUGGCCGGAUAUACUUAAUCAUUUCAACACUUGUUCUCGGUUUUGUCUUAGGAUGGGUGAUUGCGAGAUUCCUGAUUAUGCCGAUCAAUUCGACGGAGACGGCACGCAGGUCGACGAGCCGCAGAUCGAGCUUGGCCCUAUGAUGUUACCCAACGCUUCAUUUCAGUGCGGUUUUGGGAAUGACGCUCCGGUUGGUGACGUGGACGUGGCGGUGGAGACCACGGAUGCUGCUGCGCCUGCUGACGAUCGUGACGCCUUGCGCCGGGCUAGAUCUGAGGAAGUGAAGGCUGCACGCGACGGGAAGAAGGUUUCGAGAUCCGCAAGUGGUAGUGCUCCGCCAUCGUCCGGUCGAGGAGAUACGUCUCGGAAGAGGAGCUCGCGUGGAAGUCCUAUCGGAGGUUCGAGUGUUCGCCGGGAGGCUAGGCGCGAGGAGCCCAUUCGUGAGAUCGCCGAAGGAGUCGACCAUUCAUUCUCCUUCAACUAUGGUCGGAGGGAUCGGAUGUUUUUCACUCAUGGAGCUGCAUGUGCUGAUCUUGCUAGCAAGGCGAUGAGUCAGACCAACCGUUUGGUUGGUUUCUACGAUGAGCAGUGUCGUGCCGCGGCGAGAGACUCUGACUCGGCGAAGGCUGCUGCUGAGGCUUCGGAUCGUUCUGCACAGAGCCACUUGAGGAACUACAAUUCGGAGAAGAGUAGGUGCGCUGAUCUUACGAGGCAGCUUAAGGAUAAGAAGAAGCAGUAUCUUUCCGAGACCGAUAGGCUGAGGAGGGCCCGUGAUGAGAGUGCCGCGGCCGAGCGUCAUAGGGUUGCUGGAGAGAUUCACGAGUACCGUACCCGUAUCGAUAGGAUGGGGAGACACAUCGUGGGACUUCGUGAGAAGAAGAAGCCUCUGUUGAUGCUUAGUCAGGUUUCGGGCAUGGAGAAGUGA